AUGAAAACAGCUUCAACCACCGGCGAUCCAUUCAAACACCCAUUGACGAUUGGUCUGGCGGCAGGAUUGGGUGGAGUGAUACUUCUGGCCUUAGUCGUCAUUUCUGCUGUUGUUGUUGUAAGGAGAAGAAAACUCCAUAAGUCCGGUGGUAACGGUGACUCCACGGAAUUACAAUCUCCAGAAAGAAGUGCCUGUCUCUCUGGCAGUGGCAAUGGUGACCUUUAUGUGAACGUCAGUGGCAUUUCUGCACAACACCAUCGGCAUGAAGAAGACAAUUCAACCGGUCUAGUGUCAACGGGACUACCGGAUCCACUGCUUCGGCCCUGCAUAACCGCUCAUACACAGAAAAUCCAUGACGCCUACGAGGAAGUUGACUUACCUCCCCUUACUGGACCUAGCAUUGAUGUAAAUGGCCAGUAUAAUUUGGCGGGAAAGUUUGAACACCCUAAAACCUCGGAGGAAUUUAAAGACUGCAAGUUGUAUUCGAACCACAAGAUAGCAGAAAACAAAGGGAAACAAUCCGCUGGUGAGAAAAUCAGCACAGAUCAAACUGCGCAGAAUGAAGCCGUGUACAAUGUUCUGUCGAAGCCUAAUAUGAACCCUUGUCCUGCUGCACACGAUUAUCAAGACGAUUACAAUACGCUGUACGCGGUAAACUGGAAACCCACCAAUGAAAGCAAAUCCGUUAUUCAGCACGGGAUGACCGGAAAUGGAAAUCAUGAUGAUAACGGUUAUGUCUAUGGCACGUACAGCACAAUCCAGAGCGAUACAAAGCAAGAAGGAAGCAUCGGUGUGAUUACAGAGCUUCGAUGUAUUGCAAAACAACAGCAAAGUGGUUGUGAAUAUGACACCCUAAAACUUGGGACAUUUUAAAUCAACUUAAACUACAGCCCAGACGAACAUCUUGGCAUAUGUGUCUUUCUGGCUAGAAAUUUUUGAUGUUGGUGAAAAUCUGCUUCUACCAUCAUGUGUUUGUUUCCCGACGAUACUAUAUGAUAUUUGUUCAACUUAACGGUGCUCAGCCGAACAGAUAUGUUGCUUUGAGUUUGUAUCACCUAUAUUAGUUUAUACUGGUGUGACUAUGUCUAUAAUACGUUCUGUUUUCUUUUACCUUUGUAGAAUGGCACAGCAGUCCUGUUGAUAUAAUAAAGGAGAAAGAGUAGCACUUGAAAACUGAACCUGUAAAUACCUGACCUACUCGUCUCUGAGAAAGUCUUGAAAAUGUAAAUAAAUAUUAGCAAUCUCAUAUUGUAUUUUGAUAUUUAACCAUGGAUUGAAAGUAGAUUUAAAAUACCAGUAUGUGAAAUGAUAGAAUGACACCUAUCUAAAAACAUCCCAAGCAGCACCUGUACUAUUGUAUUA